AAACCAGAAAUGGGGUGUUGUGCUUUUUUGGAGGGGAUGACAUGAGAUGGAGGAUGAUGAUGAAGAGGAGCUAUAUGAUCUCUCUCUCUCAUCAUGAAGGAAAGCAUAGCUAAAAGGUUUUUAAUUGUGAUAGCUAGGGAGGAUAAGGGUAUGAAGCCUAUUCUCCUCAAAUGUGGUUUGGCUUUGGCUCUUACCUUUGCUGGAUUUCUCUACUCUCACAUCAGAACCAAAAGAAUCAAGCCUUCCCCUACUUCCCCCAGGCGACACGCUUCAGGUAGAAGGGCAGCAUCUAGUUCUUGCAGCACUGUUGCAGAUGAAAAUUUUUUGGAAGCUGAAGAAACAUGCAUUACCAAGGUGAUUACUAAAAAUUCCCCAGUUGGUCUCUCUCCAAGUACAAAACAAAGUGCAGAUAAAGAUGAGUACCUCCUACCUGAAUGUAAUGAUCCUACAAAGGAAGCAGACUUUGGAGCCACCAUUGCAGGUAAUUCUUUUAAGAAAGAUGUAGAAACACCAAGGUCAAAAGUAGGAUCUCCUCUAGCAUAUUCAACAAGUCUUGAGAAGGAUGAUUAUGAGCAAGAGAUUCGGAAACUAAGGAGCAUGAUCAGAAUGCUUCAAGAGAGAGAGAGAAGCCUUGAGGUUCAACUUCUUGAGUAUUGUGGUCUUAGAGAGCAAGAAGCAGCAGUGAUGGAGCUCCAAAAUAGAUUGAAGAUUAGUAGUAUGGAAGCAAAAAUGUUCAAUCUGAAAGUUGUGACCUUACAGUCUGAGAAUAGGAGAUUAGUGGCACAAGUGGCUGAUCAUGCAAAAGUGCUGUCUGAGCUUGAGGCUGCAAAAACAAAAGUAAAAUUUUUGAAGAAGAAAAUUAGGUAUGAAGCUGAACAGAAUAGGGAGCAUAUCAUGAAUCUGAAACAAAAAGUUGCCAAGUUGCAAGACCAUGAAUGUAAAGCUGCUGCUAGUGAUCAAGAUAUUCAAAUGAAAAUUAAAAGGCUAAAGGAUCUUGAGUCUGAGUCAGAACAGUUGAGGAAAUCUAAUUUGAGACUGCAGAUGGACAAUUCUGACUUAGCUCGAAGAUUGGAUUCUACUCAGAUCCUUGCAAAUGCUGUUCUAGAAGACCCAGAUGCAAGUGCUUUGAAGGAAGAAGGAGAGCGUCUUAGACAAGAGAAUGGGGGUUUGAUGAAAGAAGUUGAACAACUACAUGCUGACAGAUGUCAAGACCUUGAAGAAUUAGUUUACUUGCGUUGGAUAAAUGCUUGCUUAAGACAUGAACUACGAAAUUAUCAACCUCCACAUGGUAAAACAGCUGCAAGGGACUUAAGCAAAAGCUUAAGUCCAACAUCUGAGAAGAAAGCCAAGCAACUUAUACUUGAAUAUGCAAACACUGAAGGAGGAGGGAGUGUUUCUGAUUUGGAUUCAGAUCAAUGGUCCUCUUCCCAAGCUUCUUUUCUCACUGAUUCUGGAGAGUGUGAAGAAUAUUCUCCUCUUGAUAAUCCAUCAUCUGAUACCAAAGUUAACAACACAAGCAAGUCAAAGAUUUUUGGCAAGCUUAUGAAGCUAAUAAGAGGUAAAGAGAGCCAACACCAACGUGGUCGUGUUACAUCUCAAGAAAAGUCUAUCUCUAGAGAAGAUAUCAAUAGUUCAAAUUUCAGCUUGAGUAUAUCAACUGGAACUGAAAGUCUCAGGAGUGAGUAUGCAACUCCCACUGCCGCUUCUAGUGCUUCCUAUGACUUUCGGACAAUGUGUUUGAAGGAUGAAAAUGGCAGAAAUUCAGACAGCCAUACACCAAAAAGGUCCAAGAUUUUCGGUGUAAGGAAAACAGGUUCAGGAGAUUUCAAAAACCGUCUUGAUUCUUUCUCAGAAUCCGCUGCCGCAGAGAAAUCUAAUUUGGUUAAAUAUGCUGAAGCUUUAAGAGAUUCUAGUGGAAGUACCAAACAUAAAGUACGUAGAAGAUCAGCAUCAUAUAGUUCAUUUUAACUUAGUAGCUAUAUGCAAAGCUUUUAUGUUUAUUCCAACAGUGAAUGUUACAUAUAGCAGGCUAUUUAGUAGUCAAUUCUGACAUAUACAAUAUUAGCUGUUAGGAGCAGUUCAGAUCAGA